AUGUUUUUCUUCUGCUGCAACAGCAUUCUGACAACGUCCAUCGAUGUUGGCGGUGUGAUAUCAGGGAACCGCAUGGCAGGUGUGCCUUUGGGGCGCUCUCUCGGCGAUGGGGAGUUGGAUGUGGAAGGAAUAUGCGCAGAGUCCGGCAUGACAUGUCAGAACUGCACGCACGCAGUCACCUGUAUACCCUUACCCUAUGGCUUCUUAAAGGUCCCUUUACAAGUAUGCUCCAAUGGACUAACUUGCAAUGCUCACCUUCGAGGUUGUUCCAGCCAAGCGGUACCUGAGUGUGAGCCCGUCACUCAAAAGCAUCAACACUCUUGUGAACAGGUUGGAAUAUUCCCCGAUGCAUACGACUGCAGAAAGUUCCACCUGUGUUCACCAGCUGAAGGUCUCCCGGGUGGAAGACCUGCAGACCACAGAACUGCUUUAUGCCCUCGGCAUUACGGCUACAAUCCUCUGAACGCACAAUGUUCGGUAAAACUUUCAAAUGGACAAUGUAGCGAAAAACCAGUACCCGAUUGUACAGAAGUUGGACAAACUGGCUCGCUACCUACAAGCCCUAACCAUUACUACGUUUGUCUUUUGAAACAUGGCGACUUACAUCCACAAAUCUUCAUCUGCCCCCACGGAUGGUACUUCUGGGGUGGAUUCUGUAGGCCAGAACCUCAGAAAGAGAAAGCGACAGAGCAGGCUCAUGAAAGCAAUACAGUCGUUAAAAGUAAUCAAGGAAUCCAAAAAGAAGCAACCGCAGUAAAAGCAACAACAACAAAGAUUGAGAGUUUUUUCUCAACAGACAAACCAGUAAAAUACGCGGCAGAUACUUUCCUAGCUGACAAAUUCGAUCUAAGCAAUUAUGAAUCCACUGAUGACGUUUUUCCACAAAAUGAUGAUUUCGUUAAUUCGUUUGAAAGUGGUGAUUUUUGGUGA